UCGAAGCAAACGCUUGGAAAAGGUCCAUGUGGUUAUUGGACCUAAAUCGUGUGACUUGGAUUCUCUUAUUUCUGCUUUCACAUAUGCCUACUUCCUAGAUAAGGUCAGUCCACCUGGGGUUCUCUGUUUACCAGUACUGAAUAUACCAAGAACUGAAUUCAACUACUUCACUGAGACAAGGUUUAUUUUAGAAGAGCUAAAUAUCUCUGAAUCAUUCCACAUAUUCCGAGAUGAAAUUAAUCUACAUCAGCUAAACGAUGAAGGGAAGUUAUCGAUAACACUUGUUGGUAGCAACGUGCUGGCAAGUGAAGACAAAACUUUAGAAUCAGCAGUCGUCAAAGUCAUUAAUCCAGUUGAGCAGAGCGAUGCCAGGGUUGAGUUCCGAGAGUCUUCCUCUUCCCUCGUGCUGAAAGAGAUUCUCCAGGAGGCUCCUGAGCUCAUCACCGAGCAACUGGCUCAUCUCCUCAGAGGGAGUAUCCUUUUCCAGUGGAUGACCAUGGAAUCAGAGAAGAUCUCAGAGAAGCAGGAAGAAAUUCUUUCUAUCCUGGAGGAAAAAUUUCCUAACUUGCCUCCAAGAGAGGACAUCAUCAGUGUUCUGCAGGAGACCCAGUUCAGUGCCCAGGGUUUAAGUAUUGAACAGACAAUGUUGAAAGAUCUAAAGGAAUUGUCAGAUGGAGAAAUAAAAGUGGCCAUUAGUACUGUGAACAUGAACCUUGAGAAUUGUCUGUUUCACAGCAAUAUCACCAGUGAUUUAAAAGCAUUUACAGACAAGUUUGGCUUUGAUGUCCUCAUCCUGUUCGCCAGUUACCUGUCAGAGGAGCAGCAACCAAGGCGACAGAUCGCGGUGUUCUCCGAGAACCUAGAGCUGUGCAGUCAGAUUUGCUGUGAGUUGGAAGAGUGCCAGAACCCUUGCCUAGAACUGGAACCCUUUGACUGUGGCUGUGAUGAGAUCCUGGUGUACCAGCAGGAGGACCCCUCGGUGACUUGUGAUCAUGUGGUUCUCCUUGUCAAGGAAGUCAUCAACAGGAGGUGUCCAGAGAUGGUCUCCAACAGCCGGACGUCCUCAACAGAAGCUGUGGCAGGCAGUGCCCCCCUCUCCCAGGGAUCUUCCGGCAUUAUGGAGCUAUAUGGGUCCGACAUAGAGCCACAGCCUAGCUCCGUGAAUUUCAUAGAAAACCCUCCAGAUCUCAUUGAUUCUAACCAGGCUCAGGUGGAUGUCAACAUAGACCUCGUCAGCCCAGACAGUGGCCUGGCUACCAUUAGGAGCAGCCGUUCUUCUAAGGAGAGCUCUGUUUUCCUCAGUGAUGACAGCCCUGUGGGAGAAGGUGCAGGGCCACACCACAGCCUCCUCCCAGGACUCGACUCCUACAGUCCCAUCCCCGAAGGGGCGGUGGCAGAGGAGCAUGCACGGUCCGGAGAACACAAUGAACACUUUGACCUCUUCAACUUUGACCCAGCACCCAUGGCUUCUGGACAGUCUCAACCAUCUUCCCAUUCUGCAGACUACUCCCCAGCAGAUGAGUUCUUUCCCAACAGCGAUUUAUCUGAAGGACAGCUCCCGGCUGGGUCUAAAGGACUUGAGGGGAUGGGUAUCAACAUAUCGAAUUAUUCAUCCAGUUCACUUUUGCCAGGGGCCGGCAAGGAUAGCCUUGUAGAAUUUGAUGAGGAGUUUGUGCAGAGACAAGAAAGUCCCGGAGGUAACUCUGAAGGAAACUUGAGCCUGACAGGUUUGGUGGGAGAUGACUCUCCUUCGCCAGAAAGCCUCAAAAACAUUGGAAAGAGGAUCCCACCAACACCUAUGAACAGCUUUGUAGAAAGUUCACCGUCUGCUGAAGAACCAACCUCACUCUAUCCAGAAGAUAUGACCGAAAAAGCAAUCGACACGGGCUGCACGCCACCCCAGACCCGUGCGCGGUGCAGCAGCUGGUGGGGUGGUUUGGAAAUUGACUCCAAAAAUAUUGCGGAUGCGUGGAGUUCCAGUGAACAGGAAUCUGUCUUCCAGAGCCCUGAAUCAUGGAAGGAUCACAAGCCAAGUUCCGUUGAUAGGAGAGCCUCGGAUUCUGUAUUUCAAACAAAGAGUCUCGAAUUCACAAAGUCAGGUCCCUGGGAGUCUGAAUUUGGUCAGCCUGAAUUGGGUAUCAAUGACAUUCAAGACCAAAAUAAGGAAAGCUUGCAGUUUCAGAACCUGCCCACGGAGAAAUCACAUUCGCCAAUCGCUUCUCAGGGAACAAACCACCUGAUAGAAGACUUUGCAGCUCUGUGGCAUUCUGGUCGCUCUCCCAUGGCAAUGCCUGAGCCAUGGGGCCAUCCCACAAAUGAUGGUGACCCAGUGGCUGCAGCGUCCUACCCGGUCUGGGGUGCAUUUGGCAAAGACGAUCAUGCCGGGGCUUUAAAACACACCUGGAAUCUUCACCCCACGAGUGGUGAGACACCUUCUGUGAGAGACCCGAACGAGUGGGUCAUGGCAAAAAGUGGGUUUUCUUUCUCUUCAGAAGACCUACUGGACAAUUCACCCAGUGAGGCAAAUACGAAAGCAACUCCAGAAAUCUGGAACGAGAAGAACAGUGACUCCAGGAAUAAUAUCCUCGUAUCUGGACACCCCAGUUCUGAUUUGGAUCAGGCAUGGAAUAAUUCUAAGCUAUCAAAGGAAAAUAAGAACGGGUUAGUGGAUCCUCAAACUAAGGAAAAGGUAUACGAAAAGGUAGAUUCCUGGAACCUUUUUGAAGACAGCGUUAAGAAAGGAGGGUCAGAUGUCUUAGCUCCUUGGGAAGAUUCCUUCUUGGCCUAUAAGUGUUCUGAUUAUAGUGCAACCAACAUGGGAGAAGAUUCAGUGCCUUCUCCCUUAGAUACCAACUACUCCACCUCUGACUCUUACACAUCACCAACAUUUGCCAUGGACGAAAAAGAAACCGAAAACAAGCCAUUUGCAAAAGAGGAAGGUUUUGUGGCAAAAGAUGCAAACGCCAUCACAGGAGAGGCUGAAAUUCCUCUUCAGUCCUCUCAACAGCCACCGAGAAAUCGAAUCAGUUCAGGUCCUGGGAACCUCGACAUGUGGGCUUUACCUCAUGCAGAUAAUAGCCCUGAAAUAAAUGUCAUUCAAGACCCAGAUAAAGAUUUACUCAAGACAGAGCCCACCAAUGGCAAGAACAUCUCCGUGGAGGAUGACGUAGGGGAAAGCAGCCAGUCCAGUUACGACGACCCCAGCAUGAUGCAGCUGUAUAAUGAAACAAACCGACAACUCACACUUCUACACAGCAACACCAACUCCCGGCAGGUGGCCCCCGACAAUCUUGACCUGUGGAACAGAGUCAUUCUGGAGGACACUCAGUCCUCUGCGACCAUCUCAGAUAUGGACAAUGACCUGGACUGGGAUGACUGCAGUGGGGGUGUGGCGAUCCCCAGUGAUGGUCAGGCAGAAGGAUAUAUGGCUGAAGGGACUGAACCAGAAACCCGGUUUUCAGUGAGACAUCUGGAACCAUGGGGUGUGGAGUAUCAGGAAGCAAAUCAGGCAGAUUGGGAACUUCCUACCUCUGCUGACCAUGCCAAGGACACUACUCCCAAUGAAUAUCACAUGCUGAGUGAGAAGAAUGGCCAGCUCAUUGCAAACAGUAUUUGGGAUUCCGUCAUGAGAGAUAAAGACAUGUCAUCAUUCACAUCACCAGACUCACCAUAUAUUACAGAUUCAGAACAAAGCAAAACACCUCCUGAAGUUUCCAACCAUUCAGCAAAUGUUAAGGACACUCACACCCCGGGUGUGCCAGAAGCCUCUGGACCCAGAGAGUCAGGAGCUCUUAUACCCUAUCUUGACAACCAAGGCACACAGAGGGAAACCCCACAGAGUGAUCCAGCCUCCUUGGCAAGAAGCCUUGAGAAUCCAGGGCAUUUUACGCGCUCAGAGCCAUGGAAAGAUCACAGCUAUGAACAAAGUGAGAGAGAGACGGAAGCCCAAGGAGCCACUGACAGGGGGCCCCUGGAUGGGGAGGAGGUAGUAGGCUCUGGGAUGGAUAGCACCUCAGGGAUUUCUGGAAAGGGGCAAGGUGACCAGGAAAUCUCUUCUCCAGCUGCAUCUGAGCAUCAAGAAAUCUGCGGUGAUUUAGGCAAAGUCAGUUCUCUUUCAGUCACUUUUAGUCCUCAAACUGAGGAACCAGAGGAGCCUUUGGAGUCUGAGAAGGGGUCGUACCACCUAGACUCCUGUGAGGUGCAAACAGAGAUCUCCACAGACAACCUGCAGGCAAAGGAUACCUAUGAAAAGCAACUCGAGAAUCCGAGAAAUUUAGGUGAAACGGCUGAGGUUUCAGAUGGGAUGAAGUUAACACAAAAUGUGUCUUUACCUGAAAUAGAUCUUGAGAAAACUGAAGAAUGUAACCUUCUGGAGCCAGAAAGAGUGAGCAAAAGGCUAUCUCAGGAAACUCUCCAAAGCCUUGAUGCUGGGGGUGGCCCUGUAGACAGUGAUAUGCAGGUCCAUUGCACAAGUUCUGAGAUAACUAAGAACCUUGAAGUCAAGGGAACUGAAAAUAGCCUUUCCAGAGCCAGUUCACCUGAGAAUUAUGACAAAGAUAGUAUCUCUAGUGAGUGUACUCAUUCAAGUGCAUCAAGUCCUGACCUGAAUGAUUCUUCUUCAGCUGCAAUGUCUUCCUGGGGCCAACAACCCAGUACUGAGCACCGGAAAGAGAACCCAGAUGACUGGAGUGAACAGAAUCGCCAAGAAUCUGAACUAAUUUCCACUGAUGGCCAAGUAGAAGUAAUUGCUGAUAUGGAGGACUUAGAGAAAACCAGAACGGAUGAGUCUGAAAAGAGCUUUGAUCACAAAGUUCCUAAGUUUUUAGAGAUGUGGAAUGACUCAGUUGAUGGUGAUACCUUUUCCUCUUUAUCCAGUCCUGAAACAGGGAAACAUUCUGAAUAUUCAGGUGCACAUCAGGAAAGCAAUCUAACAGUUAGCCAUGAACGUGACAUUCCUGAAACUGAGCAGCCAGAGGAUGCCAAGGACAUUUCAACAAGCUCAGGUUCUGAUGGUGACAGUGUCGAUGGUGAAGAGUCAGUGGAGGAAGAGAGCCAUUUGGAUACUUGCCACGCUGCUCCAAGUGAAUCCAGAGCUUGGGAUUCACUGAAUGGAUCUAAUAAGUUCUUGAUCACAGCCGAUCCCAAGUCUGAGGACUUUUCUGACUACCUAGGCAGUUCAGAACCAACAGAGAAUAAGUCAAACCCAUUCUGUGACACUCAACAAAACAGUCCUGAUCACUGGAAUUUCUCACCACUAAUGGAGACUGAAAAACAGAUGACAGCAGUAGAGAAGGAGACGAGAUCUUCCCCAGAAACAGAGAAGACAGGAGAUGUCGGAUGGCAAAUGUCCCCAGAAAUGGAGCCAAAGGAGGAAGGUAACUCUAAACUGGAAAUGCUGGGCUUCUCAGCCGAUAGCACUGAGUGGUGGAACGCCCCACUCCAGGAAGGGAGACAAACUGAGAGUAUGCUUGAAGGGGAACUUUCUGACUCAGGUAAUGUGUUAGAGAUGGUGAAAUCUUCAGUCUACCAAAAUUCAGGUCCCUGGGGAGGCCCCAUUCAGGAGCACACUGAGCCCGCAGAAGCACACUGCACUGAUCCUUUCACUGACAAACUUCAGUCUCCUUUUCUGGACCGUGAUGAGGGAAACUCCCCCGGGCAACUCUGGAACAUUCAACCAAGGCAGUCAGACCCAGAUACUGAUCAGUUUAGCCAGCUUGUAAUAUUGGACCAACUCAAAGAAAAAGACUCAAGAGAGCAAACCUUCGUGUCUUCUCCUGUUGAUGAACUCACUCCUGAAACACCUACCCUAGAAGAAUGUGGAGAUACCAAGCCAUCAGUCUGGGAUCAGCCAGAACCAGCGUGUCCUCACACAAACAAAAAUGGAUAUGUUAUAGCUAAUGUUUCAACUGUUGAGUCUCAAGAAGCAAACUGGUGGGAACAAGAAAAACCCUGUCCCAGAGAAAUGACAGAUUCAAGCAUUGCCACAGGAAAGUUCCCUGCUCCUAGUUCUCCCACCCAAUUGAUGAUGGAAUCAGGCUCUGAAUGGGAUGAUUCUUCUCCGAGUGAGUACCCCCAAGGUACUUUUAUUCCAGAUGUUUUACAUGGCAACUUCCAAGAGGGUGGGCAACUGGCCUCGGCUUCGCCUGACUUGUGGAUGGAUGCUAAGCAGCCCUUCAGUCUGAAAGCAGAUGGUGAGAACCCUGAUAUACUGACACACUGCGACCAUGACAGCAACUCCGAGGCUUCCAACAGCCCUGAUAUAUGUCAUGAUUCUGAACCGAAGCGGGAGUCUGAGCAGCACUUCAGUGCUUGCAUGGAACCUGAGGUGGAAUCCAGUGAGCUUCACUUCACUGAGCCAGAGAGGAGUGAAGCAGCUGGUCAGGAGUCUGGGCUGGAAUAUGUCCCUUGCAAUUCAGAAUGCGCUCCCAAAAAUGCAAUCCCACUGCCUUCCAUCAGCGAUCAAGCAAACAUCAAUGGCUCAUCUCAGCCUGCCUCUCAUAAAGCUUCUCCUGAACCUUCUGAAAUAAAUGGUGACGAUACAGGUUUCAAAGCAUCAGAAAGAGUCAGCAGUCCAGAUAUGGCACCAGUUUUGGAACCUGUUGACAGAACAAUCCCACGGAUUGAAACUGUGGGGACCGGCACUUUUGCAGCUCCCCAAGAGCCAACUCUAGAUAGCAGCGGUUUUUGGGUAUCAGAGGGCUUUUCUCCUGAAAGUUACUCGGGGGCAAGCGCCUUGGUGGACUGUGAGCCACCCUUUGCCAUGGAGAAUCCUGCCACAGUUCCUGAUGCUUUGCUAGCCUCCGACACCUGCCUGGAUGUAAGCGAAGCUGCCUUUGACCACAGUUUCAGCGAGGCCUCGGGUCUCAACACAUCCACGGGAACGAUAGAUGACAUGAGUAGACUGACAUUAUCAGAAGGCCAUCCCGAAACACCAGUGGACGGGGACCCAGGGAAGCACGACAUCUGUUCGUCUGAAGCCUCGUGGGGUGAUUUUGAAUAUGAUGUCAUGGGCCAGAAUAUCGAUGAAGAUUUCAUGAGAGAGCCAGAGCACUUCCUCUAUGGUGGGGACCCUUCUUUGGAAGAAGACACUCUGAAGCAACCGCUGGCCCCAUAUACUCCUCCCUUCGAUUUGUCCUAUCUCACAGAAUCUACCCGUGGCGCGGAAAAAAUAGAGGAUGCUGGGUCUUCAGAGGAUGAGUCUCUGGGGCCCAAAGCGGCAGAGAUAGUGCUUUCUGCCCUUCCUGAUCGAAGAAGGGAGGGAAACCAGGCUGAGACCAAAAUCCGACCUGGAUCCCAGUUGGCUGUACUACAUAUUCAUGAAAACCCAGAGUCCGUUUCUUCGCCUGUGGAAGCAGGCGCCAACAUUUUGUCUCCAUCAAAUAUCGACUGGGAAGUAGAAACGGAUCAUUCUGAGUCACCAGCAGGUGGAGACAUGGGACCAGCAAAUGGUGCCAGCAAGGAAAUAUUAGAGUUGGAAGAAGAAAAAAUAAUUCCUGCCAAAGAGUCCGAGCAGGUAAAAUCAGAAGACAAGGAAGAAAGAUGCACAGAGAAGAGUGAAGAUCGCCAAGCACUGCACAUGGAUUAUAUACUUGUAAAUCAUGAAGAAAAUUCACCCCUGAAACCAGAAAACUGUGAAGCAAGAGAAAGCAUAUCUGAUUUCGAUGAAUCGUGCAUAGGUUCUGCAGAACCAGGCCCGCCAGGAACUGAGAUAGCAAGCUUCCCAGACACAUGUCAGCCUGCCUCCUCAAAUGAAAGAAAAGACCACUCUGCAGAGAAAAUCCCUUCCAAAGGUGACGAGAAAUCAUCUCUUGAGAGCCCUGUACAAGACCAGAGUUGGAUGGUCUUGGGCUCUGGUGAGGCUGGUGAUCCAUCCUUGGAAGCCAGGGCCGUGGGGCCUGAGAAGUCUGGCAAGACUGGAGAGCCGUUCUCUGAUCUCAGCUUGGGCAAAGGUCCCCAGAUGCAGGUUCUGGAAGAAACGAAGCCUCCAGAAUCUUUAGCACUAGAGGAAGCCUCUGGCCUGGUCAGCCAAUCACAGAAAAACAAGAGCCGAGGCAGGGCUGGCCCGGAUGCAGUUGCGCUGCCAGCUGUCACCCACGAAUAUGAAUGGGAAAUGCUUUCACCACAGCCUGCUCAGAAAAACACGAUUCCUGACACGGAAAUGGAGGAGGAGACAGAGUUCCUUGAGCCCAGAACCAGGAAACCAAGACCAAAAGGAUCCUUUUGGUGUGUUGGGUUUGGUGAGUCGGUGGUGAUCGGGGAAACAGUCGUGCAAGGAGAUAAGAGGAAAUAA